AUGCGUUAUAAAGAACAUGGAAUUGUUAUUGAACCAAAUGAAAUUGAAUUUCCACAUGUAAUACAAAAUAAUGCAUAUCGACAAACAAUUCAUGUUAAAAAUGUAGGAAAUAAAAGUAAACGUAUACAAAUAUUUCGACCAGCUAUCAAGGAUUUUCAAUUAAUUGUUAAUAAUCCAGAUCAACCUGUUCCACCUGGUCUUGAAGUGACAGGUGUUGUUGAAUAUGUAGCAAAAUCUAAUCAAGAACAACGUGAUAUUAUUGUUGUUGACAUUGAUGGACAAGAAAUACAAAUUCCUCUAUUUGCUUUUCCAGCACGACCAGAAAUUUCAGUUGAUGAAUUAAUCGAUUUUGGUGUUCAUGUUGCUGAUAAUAAGACUGUUUAUAAAACGAUUUUUGUUCGAAAUACUGGUAGUACAGCUGCACCAUAUAAAAUUGAGUAUAAAGGUGAACAUCCAAUUGGAUUUUCACCACAUUCAGCAGUUAUCCAACCAAAUUCUUCUAUUACGGUCGAGGUAUCUUUAUUAACAUCAAUGGUAACAGAAAUUAAUGACACUGCUACAUUAGAUGCAUGUCAUAAAACACAUGAAAUAAAAUUAAUAGGAAAAAUAAUGAAUCGUCGUUUAUGUUUAUUACAUCCAAAAACUAGUGAAGAAUUACAAAAACUUAAUUUUGGCUCGUGUUAUUAUGGUUGUGAUCUUACAGCAUUAGCUAUUUUAUAUAAUGAUUCACCUGAAUCAGUUGCUUAUUCAGCAUUAAUCGAUGAUUCAAAACCAACAGAUUUAGAUCAAGAAGAAACAUCUUAUGUUGAAUAUACAAUGAAUCCAUUAAAUUCUAUAAUUACUGUUUUUCCAAAUCAAGGCAUACUUAAUCCAUUUGAAAAACGUCCAUUAUUCUUUCGUUUUAGUCCAAGAACUUAUCCGCCAAAACAAGCAUUUGCUACUACACUUGAUUUACCACCAAGACGUGAUAUAGCUGCUUUCAUGUAUUUUGAAUUGUUAGGUGCAAGUCCUGGUCUAUCAAAUAUUGAACAUAGUAAAACAAAACUUGAAAUAGCUGUAGCUGGUACAGCAUUACCAGUUAUAUUAUCACUUGAACCACAAGCAUUACAAUAUCAACUAACAUAUAUUGGACAAAAAAGUGAACAAUUUAUUCAUAUUUAUAAUCAAUCUGAUCAUAAAUCAAUUGAUUUUCGUUUUCCAUCAAUUGCAAAUUUUGCUAUACAACCAGCAAGUGGAAAAUUAAAACCACGAGAAAAAUUAAAAAUUCUUGUUACAUUUAUUCCACAUCAAAUCGGUAAUAUUAAUAAAACACUUAUAUGUGAAGUAUUGGGUGCAGUUGUAAAUCCUAAUGCACCAGUUUAUACACAAUCAAAACCUAUUCAUCAAACACAAUGUUUAUUAACGGGUGAUGCAGCAGUUAUUACUGAAAUACCAGCAGAAAAAUUUAAUAUGGGUCUUAAACCAAUAAUUUCUAAUGAAGUUGGUAUUAAUGUGAAUACAACACAAGAUUCAUUAAAACGUUUUUAUCCACGUGCAGCUGUUUUAAAUAGUGCUAAUGAUACAAUACAUAAUAAACGUGCAUCAACUACAUAUUUAAAUAAUUUUAAAAAACAUAAAGUAUCAUUUCCAAAUGAUCGUGCAAGAAGUAUUGGUCCAUUUAAUCGAGAAGAUAGUUUUAUAACACCAUUUACUAAAGAAGAACGAUAUAAUUAUAUUGAUCCUGAUUAUGCAUAUACAGAUGAAGAAAGAAAACAAAUUGAAAUGCAUGAAAAUAUGUAUAAUCAAUUAUUUGAUGAACAAAGAUAUCAACGAUCAGAAGUUAAAAGAACAAAAGAAUAUAAAAAAUAUGAUAAUGAAACAGAUCUUGGAAUAAAGCCAGGCAAUGGACUUGAUUCACCUCAUAUUACUUUACAGGAUGUAGAAAAAAAUGUUAAUAAAGCUAUAAUUCCAUCUUAUCCCAAUUGGAAAUAUCGUUUACCAACAACAUCUGAAUUAGCUGAACAAGAACAAACAUUAUUACAUAAACCAUUAAAAGAAGGUCUUAAUUCAGUACCAACAACACAAAGAGAAAAAAAUGAUUGUGCUAUACUUUUAUCACCAAGUCAAUUAUUUAAAAUUGUUGUUGGACCACCAGAAUUAAAUUUUGGUGAAGUUUGUGUUAAUGCACCUGUAACAAAAUUUUUAUCUGUUCUUAAUAAUCUUGAUCAAUAUAUUCUCGUUCAAAUUGAUGUUGAUUCAGCUGCUUUAAAAAUGACAUCACCAUUAUGUCAAGUUAUACCAGGAAAAUCUCAUGUACAAUUUCCAAUAACAUUUGAACCAACACAAAUUGGUCUUUAUCAACGUUCACUCUCAUAUAUAAUUAAUAAUUUUUAUCGUCAUUAUGUUAAAAUAAUAGCUGAUGUUCGUGUACCAACAGUACAAUUAUCAACAGAAAAACUUCUUAUACGUUCAUUAUCACAUCUGUUAGCUGAAGAUUCAUUUCGUAAAGUUGUUCAUUUAUAUAAUCCAUUAAAUGCACCAGCUGAAUUUCGUUGGAUACCUAUUAUUGGUCCAAAAGGAACAGCGUUUUCAAUUCGUCCAGCAACAGGAGUUAUUGAACCAUAUCAAACAAUUGACAGUGAAGUUGUUUGGUAUGGUAGUACACAAGCACCAUUAGAAAAUUUUUUUACUUUACAUGUUUAUUCAACGAAUGAUUCACGAAAAGUACCAGCAAAUAGUUCUUCAAUAACACCAAAUAAUGAAACAACACUAACACUUCAAUGUAUUGCUCAAGUUGGUAAAGCAAAAUUUAAAAUUCCAGAAAAACGUGUUAAUUUUGGUUUAAUACCAAUAAAUAUGACAUCAAAAAAAUCAUUUACUAUUGUUAAUGAAGGAACAAAUCAUCUUUUUUAUCAAAUAACUGAUCCAAAUCCAUGUUCUGGUGUUGUUAUAAAUCCAGCAAAUGGUCUUGUUUCAGCUGGUUCACAAACAAGUAUAACAAUUGAAGUAACACCAAUUGAAUUAAUUAAAUUCGAUAUUAAAUUUGGUUUAAAAGUUCUUGGACAAAAAGAACAAGAAAUUCGGAUGACAGGUGAAGUUAUUGAACCAGAUUUAAAUAUUCCUGAAGAUGAAUUUAAUUUUGGUGGUGUACCAAUAUUAAUGAAAGCAACAAAACAAUUUCAUAUUGAAAAUAAAGUAGGCGAAAAAGAAAUUGUUUUUUUCUAUUAA